AUCGAAACUAGACUUUUCUCUGGUAUUUCCUGGGACCAGCCUGACCACACUCCACACUGGGAGGAUUUUCUGGUCGAAGGACAGCCUGCAGAGGGAUCCUGCAGCAGAAAGCUGAGAGGCUCCAGGGCAGCUAUCAGUAGUUGGUUGCCUCAGGCAGGACGAGGGCCUCCUCUCCCAGGAAAGGCCAUGGCCGUCCCACCGCUCCUCUGGAUGUGGCUGCUGGUUGCAGGGACUCAAGGUGUGGAAGAUGGGGACAUGCGGCUGGCCGAUGGGAACACCGCCAAUGAGGGCCGCGUGGAGAUCUCCUACAGAGGCCAGUGGGGGACCGUGUGUGACAACCUGUGGGACCUGAUGGAUGCCAUCGUCGUCUGCAGGGCCCUGGGGUUUGCGAAUGCCACUGAGGCUCUGGGCGGAGCCGCCUUUGGGCCAGGUAGGCCUGCCUGUCCCCAGGGCCUCCGAAGCUGAGACUCACUGCCAAGCAGACUGUCCCAGGAAGGGACCUUCAGCUAAGACACACACAUGGCCUUCCUACUCACGGAGCACUGGCAAACAUGUGAAAUAGUGCCGCAGAGGCUCGGACAGGCCAUCCUAUUCCCUCACGGCGCGGGCCCGAUCAUGCUGGACGAGGUGGAGUGCACGGGGACGGAGCCGUCGCUGGCUGACUGCAGGUCCCUGGGCUGGCUGAAGAGCCAUUGCAAGCACCGUCAAGACGCCAGCGUGAUCUGCACCAAUGAAACCCGAGGCGGCCACACCCUUGACCUGUCGGAUGAGCUCCCUGCAGCCCUUGAGCAGAUCUUUGACAGCCAGAGGGGCUGUGACCUGUCCAUCAGGGUGAGGGUGAGGGACCAGGAGGAGGAGGGCCUGGACUUGUGUGCUCACAGGCUGAUCCUGUCUACCAACCCUGAGGCCCAGGCCCUGUGGAAGGAGCCGGGCCCAACGGUCACCAUGGAGGUGGACGCAGAGUGCUUGCCUGUCGUCAGAGACUUUAUCAGGUAUUUCUACUCCCGAAGGCUGGGCGUCUCCCUGACGUCCGUGAAGUGCGUCCACAAGCUCGCCUCCGCCUACGGGGCCGAGCGGCUGCAGAGCUUCUGCGCCAGCCUCUUCGCCAUCCUCCUCCCCGAGGACCCCUCUUUCCAGACGCCGCUGGACCUCUAUGCCUACGCGCUGGCCACCCAGGACCCCGUGCUGGAGGAGCUGUGCGUGCAGUUCCUGGCCUGGAACUUCAAGGCCCUGACGCAGGCUGAGGCCUGGCCAGCCGUGCCCACAGCCCUGCUGCGGGUCCUGCUCUCCAGGAGUGAGCUGGCCGUGCCCAGCGAGCUGGCCCUGCUCACAGCCUUGGACGUGUGGAGCCAGGAGAAGCAGCUGUCCCACAGGGAGGUGGAAAGCCUGGUGGAGAAGAUCCGGUUCCCCAUGAUACUGCCCGAGGACCUGUUCGAGCUGCAGUUUAACCUGUCCCUGUUCUGGAGCCACGAGGCGCUGUUCCAGAAGAAGAUCCUGCAGGCGCUGGAAUUCCACACCGUGCCCUUGCGCCUGCUGGCCCAGUACAGAGGCCUGAACCUCACCGAGGACGCCUACCAGCCCCGGCUGUACACCUCGCCCACCUGGAGCGCCUCUGUCUCCAGCAAUUCCCGGGCCUUGUCCCGCUACUGGAACGACCCCUACCGCUCCUUCCAGACCCCACAGCACCCCAGCUUCCUGUUCCAGACCAUGCGCAUCUCCUGGUCUCUGGUCUACCUUCCCACGGUCCAGAGCUGCUGGAACUACGGGUUCUCGUGCUCCUCGGAUGAGGUCCCCCUCCUGGGCCUCUCCAAGUCUGGCUACUCGGAUCCCACCAUCAGCUAUGAAAACAAAGCCCUCAUGCUCUGUGGGGGGCGCUUCGUGGCCGACGUCACCGAGUUUGAGGGACAGAAGGCCAUGAUCCCCGGUGCCCUGGGCACCAACAGUUCCAAGAGCGCUUCCCUCUUCCCCUGCCCGGCCGGCUCCUUCAGCAGCUUCCAGGUGGUCAUCCGGCCCUUCUAUCUGACCAACUCCUCAGGCGUGGACUAGACAGGAGCUGGAGAAGCCAGGGGCCUCCCAGGGCUCCUCCCCCCCCCACCCCACCCAGCUGCUUCCCAACCCCCAGCUGCUUCCUGUCCGCAGCCACCCCCAACAGCGGCCACCAGAGGGCCCUCCUGCUUUCACUGAUCUCUCUGAACUUCGAGAAAGUACUGGAAGGUUUCAACUACCACUCACCACUGUGCCCCGAAGUCCCCGUACCCCCCACCGCCCGGCUGGUUUCCAGGUGGAGAAGCAGGGGGACCUGGGUGGGGCAGCUGUUGGAUUUUCCACACCUACUUUCCCUUCCCUGUCCUCUGCCGUCCCCCAUCUGAGAUCACUAAAAUUGCGUUGUGAUUCCCA